CGCUGCAAGCAAUCAGCUGUUUUUACGUUUUGUUUACUGUUUUCAUUGAAGAAAGUUUUUUCGGGACGAUCUUUUUCACUUCCGUAGUGCGGUGCUUCUCGCAGGUGAUUUCAAGUAUCAAUCAUGAAAUUCGCCGAGCACCUGUCUGCUCACAUAACGCCGGAGUGGCGGAAGCAGUACAUCAACUACGAGGAGAUGAAAACCAUGCUUUACGAGGCAGUGGAGCAGUCCCCAUCGGCAGAACUUGUCGAUCCAGACAUUUUGACGCGCUACUUUACAAAAUUCGAUGAGCAAUUCUUCCACUACUGUGACAAGGAACUUACUAAGAUAAAUACUUUCUAUUCGGAAAAAUUGGCCGAAGCAACAAGAAAGUACAGUAGUUUGAGGUCAGAACUUACAGAAGCUCAGGAGGUUGAUAUGCCACGAAAGAAGAGUUCUCUGCAUUCCAAGGUCCUGCUUAGGGGAAAGAAUGUUCCAGCUAGGAAGAUUCAAGAGCUCAAACUAGCUUUCAGUGAGUUCUAUCUGAGCUUGAUUCUGCUGCAGAACUACCAGAAUCUCAAUUUUACCGGCUUUCGAAAGAUUCUCAAGAAGCAUGAUAAACUUCUGUCAGUGGACAUUGGGGCCAAGUGGAGGCGUGAACAUGUGGAAACUGCCCACUUUUACACCAACAAGGACAUUGAUCGUCUGAUCCACGAGACAGAGACUGCCGUGACUCAGGAAAUUGAAAAGGGUGAUCGUCAGAGAGCCAUGAAGCGUCUGAGGGUACCGCCACUGGGAGAGGCCCAGAGUCCAUGGAUCACGUUCAAAGUGGGACUCUUCUCUGGCGCCUUCCUUGUCCUUUUGCUUACUGUCCUCAUCUGUGCCCUGUUUCACGCUCCCAAGGACAAUUGGCGUGCUGCUGUUCGACUCUAUCGGGGUCCUUUUCUCAUUGUUGAAUUCCUUUUUCUCUGGGGCAUCAAUGUCUACGGUUGGCGCUCUUCAGGAGUCAAUCACGUUCUGAUUUUCGAACUUGAUCCCCGGAAUCAUCUUUCCGAGCAACACAUCAUGGAACUAGCAGCAGUUUUUGGGGUAAUCUGGACUCUGAGUGUCUUGGCAUUUCUCUACAGUGACGAUUUAGGGAUUCCUGCCUACGCUCAUCCAGUCAUUCUCUACACUUUAAUGGCUCUCUUCCUGCUCAAUCCCACCAAGACUUUUCGACACGAAGCGAGAUUUUGGACAGUCAGAGUAUUGAGUAGAAUUCUCCUAGCACCCUUUUGCUACGUUACCUUUGCGGAUUUCUGGGUUGCUGACCAACUGACUAGUAUCAUUCCUGCCUUUCUCGAUCUCCAAUAUUUUUUCUGCUUCUACUCACGAAAUACCAAUUGGUCAAAAGCUACUGAUGUCAAUUCAUGCGUGGAGGAAUUUUACGUGAUUAGACCUCUCGUAGCGAUGUUGCCCAGUUGGUUCCGAUUCGCGCAGUGCUGCAGGCGAUACAAAAACACCAGGGAAGCUUUUCCACAUCUCGUAAAUGCUUCCAAAUAUGCCGCAUCUUUCUUCGUUGUCAUCUUCUCAUCGCUCACAUUUGCCACUACAAAUACUUAUUCGGACUCAACCAACAAUCCGUGGUUUUAUCUUUGGAUUGUGGCUUCUAUAAUUUCAUCUUGCUAUUCGUAUGGGUGGGAUAUCAAAAUGGAUUGGGGAUUGUUUGAUGCCAAAGCUGGAGAUAACAGAUUUUUGAGGGAAGAAAUUGUGUAUUCGUCAACGUGGUUCUACUAUUUUGCCAUAAUGGAGGAUUUUGUGCUGAGAUUUGGUUGGACAUUGUCGAUGAGUCUCAUUGAGGGGGGUUAUAUUGAGAGAGAAAUCAUGAUUUCCAUUUUGAGUCCUCUCGAAGUAUUCAGGCGUUUCGUCUGGAAUUUCUUUCGACUCGAGAAUGAACACCUUAACAAUUGUGGAAAUUUUAGAGCGGUCAGGGAUAUUUCUGUGGCUCCUUUGGAUUGUUCCGACCAGACGACCAUUCUGAGGAUGAUGGACGAGGAGGAUGGUGUUGUCAAUAGGCGCGGUAAGAAAGGCAAUGGGAGUAAGAAGAGACAUGAAGCUCGUUUGCUCAUUCAAGCAGAUUCAAUUGAUGAUUUGGAUCUCUAAAAGUGAAAGGGAAGGAAUGCCUUCUGACUUUCCUCCCCAAGACAAUAUCAGUCCGAUAACAUAACCCAUUGCUCUCUCUCUCUCACAUAAAAGUCUCUCCAUUUAUAGUCUAGUCUUCUAGUCAAUGGAAUUUCAAUCAUAUCCAUCCUUUUUUUUGUGUGUGCUGUUAUUUUGAUCCCAAAGAACUUUGGAGAAGAGAUACUUCUCCAUGAGAAGAAAAAUAUUCAGGAACCAAAUGAACCCUAAAAGUAUUAUUCUCGAAGGAAAAAGAAAAGAGUCAAAGAGUGAAGAAAGAAAACGUUGUAAAUGUUAGUUAAUUUAUUGUGAAUUUUUAUUUAUUCUAAAAUGAUACAAAUAUCUUGUUUUUUUUCUUACAUAUUUACUUAAUUUUUUUUCAGUACAAUAAUUUCACCAAAAAAGAAAAGAAAAGAAACAUAAAUGAGUAUAUUUAAAUGGUAAUUUACACAUUUAUAUAAUUUAUACUUUAAUAUUAACUUUUAAUUCCAUUUUAAUUGAAUUGUUCCUCUCGAAUAUUCGUUCACAUAGAAACAUGUCAUCUCCUUAAGCUCGUUCAAAUAUAAUCUAUUAACAUUGUUUCCUCACUCCAUCUAAAAAACUUUGAUGUUGUAAUGAAAAUUGAUCACUGGAAUUUGAUGUGAAACCUUUUGCAUAAAACGUAACUGGCGCAUCCUAUCUCGUCUUAUAUCGACCAACAACUAAGAAAUAACAUCUUCUAUUUUUAUGUGUGUUGUCUGUAUAAAUGUCUAUAUACCUCAUGAGAUGAAAUUUAUUAAAAUGAUUUUUAGUCAU